GGCCGGCCGCGCGCCCAGCGGGCUCCUCUGCGAGGCGAGCGUCGCCGCUGAGUGGUGUCGAGGAAGUGGUGCCGUCGGACGGAGCCUAGUGCCACCGGUCGUGCCGGCGCGCACGUGUGGUGACGGGUGUGGUGAGAGUAUGCGGCCGGGGCGCCGCGCCGGCGAGCUCGGCGCACGGCCCGACGCGGACUGGGAGCGCCAAUGCCCAGAGCGCAACACGAUCCGGGGAAGAUAACGGCCGGUGCGAUGGAAGCUAAGAAGAGAGGCACGCUGCGGGGCCCACAGGCCCGCCGCUCGCCGGAUGCGCCGGUCACCAUGCGAGGCUGGCUGGACAAGCAAGGCUCUGAGAGACUCCGGCUGUGGAAGACGCGCUGGUUUGUCCUGGCUGAGUUCUGCCUCUACUACUACAAGGAUGCCAAGGAAGAUAAGCUUCUGGGCUCGAUCACGCUGCCCUCGUACCGCGUGUGCCCCGUCUCGCAGGAGGACCGCGUGCACCGCAAGUUCUCCUUCCGCAUCGAGCACGCCAACAUGCGCACCUAUUACUUCGCUUGCGACACCAAGGAGAAAAUGACCGAGUGGAUGAACGCCAUCAGCCUGGCCAGCAUCAUGCAAAGGGAUCCCGGGACGCAGCGGCGGCAGCAGCGGUCGGAGCGGCCGAGCGUCGGCUCCCUGGAGGGCAGCGAGACCGGCUUCGGCCACCGGCCCGACUUCAGCGCUAGCCAGGAGUCGGUGGGGCGGCGCGACCCGCGCCAGCCCCUCUACGCCAACGCGCCUCCCAAGCCGCGCCGCCUGACGGGCAGCCGAGAAGCGAGCAGCUCGCCCGAGCCCGGCGACCGGCUGGGCGAGAUGGCCGCCGGCGCACAAGUGCCGAGCCGCCGCACGCCGGCCGAGCGCCGCACGCCCGACGCCUACGCCGCCGCGCCACCGCACGCGCGCGCCGACUACGAGGACGUGUACAACGCCAGCCUGGGCAGCGGCUCGUCGCGCGGUCGCGGCCGCGCCGCCGAGCUGCGUGCGCACGCGCGUGAGUCGUACGCCUCGAGCGCCGGCCGCAGCACGCACAUGUCCGGCGAACUAUGCACGCCGCCGCCAGCGUGCGACGCGCCGCGCGUCUACGGCUACCCAGAGCCGUACCCGCCGAUGCUGGAGCACGGCGGGCGCGAGGCGCCGCUUGGCGCGCCGGGAUACCCAUCGGCGCGGCCGCACUCGGCCGACUUCCUGGAGUGGGAGCGGCGCGCUGGCCGCCACGGGGCGCGCCUGUUGUCGCCGUCUGCCGGCGCUCCUCGGCCCAAGUCGAGCCUGGCGCGCUACCAGCCGCCGGCGCAUGACUACUGGUCCGAGGAGGGCUACGCCAACAAAAUGCGCCAGGCGGCCUACAGCGGCGGCAUGGUGCUGCCGCCAGCGCCGCUCGAUGCUCCACCACCGACGCCCCCGGCCGCGUCGACGCCGCUGGUCGGCGCGGCGACGCUCCCCGGUCACGGCGCGUCGCCGCCGCCGCCGGUCACGCACUCGCUGGGCCGCGAACUGGACCGUGUGCCGCGCGGCAGCGGGUUUAUGCGCUCGGCUAGUGCGCGCUUCGCGCGGCAGAAGGCGCGAGAGCUCGACAUGAUGAACACCUCGCUGCCCGACGACCCCAACGACGCCAGAGAGGGCACCAGGAAGAAAAUUCAGCAGCGGGAGGAGUCGAUGAAGCGCCUUCUGGAGUGGAAGCAGAGGAUGCUGCAGUCGCCGCUCACCCGCAAGUCGGCCAAGCUGACGGACGCGGCGCGUUUCCCGCCGGACCAGUACCGACGGAGAGUGCGACAGGAACUGGAGCGGAGCGAGGGGGCGCGGACGCCGCGGCCGCAGACCGUGCACGGUCUUCCCGAGCCGGACAGCGGAGAUGGCAGGGACUCGGAAUUCCUGCCGCCGCCGGCGCAAGACUAUGUGAACCUGUCGUACCGGCUGGGCGACGGCGACCCGUGGGCGGCGGCCGGACAGCGCGGUCGCUACUCGCCGGCGCGGCCCGGCUCGGGCGUGACGUCACCGCUGCACGAGGUGCGGCGGGACGGGCUGGCGCCGCGGAAGCCGGACAACCGAGCUACAGCCUGCAGCCACGACGCCGGCCGUGGCCCGCCAGCGCGGCUUAAGACUGAGAUGGACUUCCGCAACUUUGAUAAGUCAGCCGGCCAGCUGCCCAGCGACGGCUUUCAGCAAGCCCACAGCCAGUACUACUCACAGAAGGACAAGUACCACCACGAGCUGCACAACUACGAUCACUUCUACCCGACCAAAGAGAAGGUGGCAGUGCAGCGGUGCGGCGCGGGCGGCGAGCCGGCCGGCACGCCACCCGCCUGCCUGCCACCGCUGCUUACCGCCCGCCAGCUGGACGUCGGCGCCCUCAGCGAGUUAUACCGCCCCGAGAGCGCCACACUGGGAAAACACUCGGACAGCGGCUAUGACACGCUGCGCGCCGAGCUGACGGCGGAUGAGGCGCCGGUGCGCGCCCCGGCGGGCCGCUCCGGCGGCCGGCGCGCCCCGCCGCCCGAGCCGAGGAAGGGUGCGGCGGCCGGCUGGCCGGCGGUCGGCUGGCACGUGGACGAUGCCGACCGGAUCGACGAGUCCCGGCUGGUGAAGGAGUUCAGCUACGAGUACGUCCGGCCAGAGAAGAAAGAGGAGCCGGUGCCCAUCAAGGUGCCCCCGAAGGUGAUGCCGAAGAGAGCGGCGGCGCAACCGAGGCAGGAGAGUCCGGCCAAGCAGGACGACUCGCCUCCCAGGAACCUGGUGCAGGAGCGAAUCAAGGCGUUCAAAAGUCGUCUGGAUGAGUCCAUGGCGACUGAAGAACAGAUGGAGCGGCCCCUGCGCCCUGUCAGACCGCAGGCAGAGGUGGCUGAAGCCCAAGUAUCCCAGCUGAAGACGCCCCCGGCCGACUUUCGAGAGACAGAAGUCACGACAGUGACAGCGUCCGAGGCGCAAGUCACGGCCAUCCGCAGCUUGAACGCGUCGCUGAAGACCGGCGGCAGGGAAGCCAUGUCCCAGGAGGAUACGCUCCAGCAGGACCGAUCACUUUCUAUCUCGGACGGCAGCGCAGCUAACAGCCUGGAGCUGCGCGAUAUUCGCAGCCCGCAGGAUAUCAUCGACUCGCGCAAGUCACGCAGCAACAUCAGGAAGUUCGCGCUCGAGGAGGACUCGGAGGCACGCGGCGCGCGCGACCCGCCGCAAAACGCGUCGUCCGUGGAGGACCUUCUGGCCCGGUUCGAGGGAGAACGACCGUCGAGGAAUGAUUGGGCCCCGACUCGGGCUGAGACCGUGCACGACCUUCGCCAUGACGGCAGCGACUCAGACGUGACCGACGACCAGAUGGUGCACUCUGAGCCGAGCUUACUGGGAGUAACGGGUGUGCUGGGCGAGCUGCGACGGUCGGCGGACCGGCACGGGCCGGCCGAGGCGCUCUGGCACCCGGCCGGGUCCGCGGACGCCCGGCGGGAUCCUGCCUCCACAGCGGAGACACAGCAGGCCGUCCCGAGGGCGCCAGAGGCGCGCUGGGAGCCGGUCGCCGCUGCCGAGGCCGCUGGUGGCUCGGAUACCGCCAUUACGCGGUUCGGUCCGGAUGAGGGCGCAGCGCCGGCGGGGGUGGCGCUCGGUCGAUCGCCCUGGCGCCCGGAAUCGCGCGCGCCUCCCGCCGUGCCGCCCAAGCCGGCUCGGCCGACUCCUGGUGGGCCGGCGGCAGCUCCCAUCUACGCCAAUCAGCCGCCGCCGGGCUCGCUGACGCUGAACACAUUGACGGAGGACCAGUACCUGCCGAUGAGUCCGCCGCGCAAAAUGUCCGAGCCGGCGGCGGAGGCGGCGGUGCACUCGCGUCAGUCGUCAGCGAAUCUGCCGCCUCCGCCGGUCGCGCCACCGCCACCGCCACCGCUGCCAGCGCGCGGGCCACAACCCGGCCGCUCCGAGGAGGCCACCUACAUGGAGAUGAACGCCAAUGUGCUCAACCUCAGCUUCGAGGCGUCGCAGAGCAUGUUCAAAAAGCUCUCGAACCACGGCGUGUUGAACGAGCCGCACCGGUACUCCGAGAUUCCGCCAGUGGGACAGCAGUACGAGUACAUGCUUCCAGGAGUGCCGGGAGGCGAGCCCGUCUACAUGGAGGUGCCGUCCGAGAACGGCGACACCAAGAGCCCUAGCAAAGCGCCGCCAGCCGACACCAAGAUCGACAACAAACGCAAGGCCGAGACCAAGAAGCUCAAGGGCGAGAAGCGCAAGUCGGAGAAGAAGUCGAGCUCAGCCGACAGUUCGGCAUCGGACGCCGACGACGAGGGCUCCAAGGAGACGGAUAGGCCGCGCAAUCGACGCUUCAGCCUGUCGGACACGUUCCGGCCGGCCUCUUACUACCUGCAGAUGCACGACCAGCGCGAGCACCCCGACUCGUCGGACAGCGACCUCGUCUCACCACCGCCCAUCCCUAUGUCGCCGCCACCAAUGGACGAGCUGCAGCCGGGCGCCGACGCGACGUUCAGCUACGAUCAGGCCGAGGCCGAGGCGCCGCCGUACUUGCUAAACGCGCUGCUGGCGGCGCACUCGGCGCAGAUGACGUCGGUGGGCGGGCAGCAGGUGGUGACCGAGCUGGCCGGACCGCGUGGCUCCGUCUCCAGCCAGGGCUCGUCACAGGACAGCCUGGCGCGGCUGGCGGCCGACAUCGUGUCGCGCCGCUCGCAGGACUCCGGCUCACUCGACAGCGUUCCCAUCAAGCAAGAAAAGACGCCAUCUGUCGAGAGCGUGCGUAACGACAAGUACAAACGUCGCCCGGUGGUGGACGAAAUGGCGCUGAUGACCGUAUCCGAGGACCCGCACGUGCUCCGUUCAGAAGAGCACUAUCCCGGCGUCGUGUUGGCCGCCGGACAGCCGCGCUCUCUGCUCUCUGAAGAGAAAUAUCCGGUGCAGGAUAACAGCGGCUACAUGACGAUGACGCCACCCCGGUCGCUGCAGAAGUGCCCGCCACCGGCGCCGCCCAAGCCAGGCACACCGCAUCAGACGUACGAAAAUCUGCCGACACCGCGGUCUCGUAUGCCGUCCGAAGUCUCGAUACACACGCUGAUGUCGGUGACUUCCGCCGACAGUCAGCUGGCUGUGGUAAAGCGCGAGAGCUUCAGCUCGCUGACAAGCAUCGAACUGACACCGGUCAAGAGCCCCGAGUUUCAGUCAGAUUUUGCGCGCACCUUCCGCGACGAGGCGGCGCAGGAACCACCCCCCGAGCGUGCGCCACCCCCGCCGCCGGGCGUGCCGGCCGGCCGCGCGCCACCGCCGCCCUCCAAUAUCUCGGUGAACUCGGCCACGUCAACGGGCAGUGACGGCCGCGCGCCUUACUAUUACUCGGACUUGGCGGCGGCGGCGGCACUGCAGGAGCGGCCGUCGCGCGCGAGGCCGCAGCUAAACAACCAACGCGAGCUGGACGCCAGCAAGCGGCCCGACAUCGGUCGCAAGGUGAAUCAGAUUAGCUCGCCGGAAGAGCGGCUGGUGCAGGUGGGGCGCAUCGCCGCGCAGCUACGUGACUCGGUCGAGUACCUUGAGGUGCAGAAGUGGUCUGACCUGGACGAACGCAACGUGUACGACUCGGACACGCUGAAGAAGGCGCGCCGCCGCUCGCACACACCCGACUCGAGCGACCAGUCGGUCCGCAACAUUUUCCCCGACGGUCUGCGCGUGAAGAACGAGGAGCCGAGCGGCCCGGCGCUGUCCCACCACCGGCGCACGCGCUCACUGGAGGGCCUGCUGGAGGAGACACCGCGCACGCGGCAGCGCUUCGAUCCAGCGACGCCGCGGCCAGACGAGGGCGCCUCACUGUCAACGGGCCCGCGCGCCGAGCCGGCGCCGUAUCGGCCCGAGGACCGACCGCCGAUGCCGCUGCCACGCUCCGAGAUCGUGCGCUCGUCUGGCGAGCCGCCGCCGUACCGCGCGCCGCCGCCGGCCGCAUCGCCGGUGGUGCCUCACGCGGCCGGCGUCGCAGCUGAUUCGCGUCUUGGCGGUGCCAUUGCCGCCGGCGCCGGUGCCGACGCCGGCUGGUGCGGUGAGCGGCAGCGGCGCGAGUCACCGCGCCACGCCAGCCUCCGCCACGCCCAGUCGAUGGAGAGUCUGGGCCCGUCCGAGCGACGCGUCGAAUCGCCGCCGUCAGACGGCGCCGACCCGCGCCGUGUGGCGCGUGGCGCCCUUUACGUGAACGAGCCGAUGCGCCAGCGGUACCAGGAGCGCGUUGGCUGCCGGUCCACCGAUGACGUACGCUACGAGCGGCUGGUGCAGCGCUCGGAGACGCUGGAGCGCACCAGAUGUGGCCGCACAUACCUGGAGCAGUACGACUGGGACGAACGGGACGAACAGUUCCGCCCCAGCGAGUCGCCCGAACAGCUCAGGCCGCACCCUUCCAGUCAGCAGCCUUUUUUAGGCGAUGGCCUCCCUCCGUCUUUCGAGAUUGACCGCGAGGAACUGCGCCAAUGGGACCUGCUGUCCUCGGCGCCUCUGGUCGAUGAACGACGACGAGGGAGGCCAAAAUCUGUCCCCGACCUCUCCCGGCCCGUGGCCAAGCUCGCGCCGCCCGCUUACAGCCGCGACUCGUCCCCGGCCCCCACCGCCCCUCUCCCCUGCAUCCCGUCGCAGUCACACGCCGACUCUGCCUCCGUCCUGUCCCCCGCUCCCGACGCUGCUGCCGCCACCGCCACCUCUACAGAUGGCGCCACCGCCACGCCCAAGACGUCGCCAACGGAAACGAACGCAGACUCGACGCCGUCAGUCCGCAUCGAACUGGUGCCAGCGGGCUCUCAGCGGUCGCAGCACAAUGGUGUGCCACCUCUCCCGAACGGCUAUCUGCACCACCCGCCGCCGGCCGUGCACCGGCCCAAACUGUCGCCGGCACCUAACCUUCACCUGAACGGCCCGCUGCCGGUGGGUCAGCUGGGUUCGCCGGCGACUCGCGGCGGCCGGCCGGACGGCGCGUCGCGACCGCCAGCGUCGCCGCGGGCCGCAGUCGGGGCCGGCUUCAUUUCGGACCUGAAGGCCGGUGAUCUGCUGGGUCGCAGUAACGAAGAGCUGGUGCUGCUACUGAUCCAGCUGCGUCGCCAGAGUCUGGCCGGCCAGCAGACGGAGUCGCUACAGAGCGACGCCGCGCUCCAACACGUGGAGAGACUGCGCGCGCAAGUCAAGGAGCUGGACAAACAGCACGAGCUGACGCGGCCGCUCAUCAGCCUGGUGGACAACAUGCUGAAGCUGUCGUCGCUGUACGAGACCCCGCCGGACGGGCCGUCGCUGCAGGAGCGGCGCCGCUUCUCCCAACGCGUGGAAGAGCGGCGCAUGCAGCGCGAGGAGCAGCGCCACUGGCAGGCGCUCGCCGGUGACCAGUUCAAUGUGCAGGCGCGCGUAGAUCAGCUGUUCGCUCUGGACCAGCUACUGAACCGACAGGCGGCCGAGAUCCAGCGUCUGCGCGCUGACAAGGAGCGGCUGGAGCGUCGGAUCGAAACCACUCGUCAGGAGGCCGGCCGGGCGCCGCUGCGCGACUCCGAGCGCCUGCUGUUGCAGCAGCGCGCGCUCCAGCAGGAGCUGGGCCGCGUCCGUGCCGCCCUCAGUUCCAGCGCCAAGAGCCUGGAGGACACGGCGGCGGAGAACGGCCGGCUGGAGCGAGAGAUGAUGAUGUUGCGUCAGCGCCUCCAGACAGCCAUGCAGGAAAACAGCGGAGGCGAGACCGCCCGCGGCCAGGAGGUGCGCGCGCUGGAGGGCGAGCUGCGGCGCGUGCAGGGCCUGAUCGACGAGCUGAGUCAGAAGCGCUGGAUCGAGACCGACCUCGACUCGAUGGUCACGGUGGCUGGCGGGCGCGCCGGCGCCUUCGACAAGGACACACCGCUAUUCGUCAACACCUUCUACGACCAACAGGUGCGGGAAAGUGGUGCUCUCGCAGUUGGGUGGCUGACAGGACCACCCACUACCGUGUAA